GAUUGGACAUGGGACAGAGGAUGGGCCCCCCUUGAUGCCUAUCACCCCACCCAAACACAUGAGCAUUCCUGACAUACCACGCAUUUCUGAGCUUGGCUUUGAGACUUUGAUGCUGGUUUUUAGUUUGAUGUCUCUUGCCCUGCAGUACCUUAACAUCUACCGCACCGUCUUCUGGCUUCCACACUCUCAUACGAAAUAUGCCAUGAACCUGUACUUGAUUGACAGAAGUGUUGUGUGGUUCAUUGUGGUGACGCUGAGUAGGCGAUUAGGAUGGAGUAUUCUCAAGCUUGUAAUUACACAGUGCAUUCAUCAGUCAUUGUGGAAAUCUGCUCUCUCAGUGGCAAGAGUGAUGUUUGUAGGAGCGAUUGCAGCACUACUAGGCUUCUGCUUGUAUACCAUCAGUGAUGCUCUAACAUUCAUAAAGAUCUUAGCUCUUGGAUAUCCGUUUGUGUUUUAUAUCUUCAUAUUUGAUAUGGAGAUUACAUCUUUCUUGGAAGUGAUCCCAGUUCCAGUGCACUACAAAGAAGAAGGAACUAAGGCAAAGCAAUCUGUUGUACGUCUGAUACAACAUGCUUGCAUGAACAGUGCAGAUGCUGUGCGUGGUGAAGUUGAAUUCCUGACAAAUGACUGCAAUAGGCGCAUGGCACAAGUUAUGUAUCAGACCAUUGUCAUUGUCUACUACACUACAUUAAUUCCAUGUUUCUUUGUCCCGAGCUCCCUACACUAUGAUGUGUCAUGGGUUACCUUCCACACAUUGUUUGUAGCCACAACCUGUUUCAUGUGGCACCUCCUGUAUUGUUAUCCGGCAAGGUUAGAAUGUUUCUCAAGUAUUUUGUCUUGUUUAUUUUGGAAAGAUAAUUUGAAUUUGCAUUAACCUGCUGGAUCCUAUUGGGUCAAGGAAAUCACCGUGCCAAAAAUAUGGACAGUGGGUUUCGUAAGUAGCCAAUAUCCCAGGCAUGUGGUGCGUAGGUCUGGUGCACGUGAAUAUCCAUGAGCAAUGACAAGACUCCGUGCCUCCCUUUUGCAAUGUUAAUUUGUGUAAACUUGUAGCCUCUUUGCCAUUUUCCAAUAUCCAUAGUUGUCUUUUGAUUUGCUUUAUCCAGAUGGUAAUAGCUUAUUUUCCUUGCACAGACUCCAUAUCAUCUCUCUAUGUAGUAGAUAACUCAAGUACAAGAAAAAAGUAUGGAAGAUUUGGUUAUUUGUGUCAUAUAUCUAAUUUUUUCGUAGUUUUCAAUUUUCCAUAAUACAACCUGCGCUGCUUGUCACAGUGGCCAGGAAUACGGUGCACAACAUGGAAAUGGUGUCCUCCCUGGAGCUGGUGCUCUUCUGGUCACAGCUUAUGCAAGUUACAUUCCACAUUUGUUUAUCGAUUAGAAUGAUACUAAAGCCCCCUUCUAAGUGCCAAAGGAGUCAAAUCACAAUCCAAGAGGUUUUUGCACUCAUGGGGAGUCUUUUCCAUCACCAUGGUUUUUGCUCAUGAUGGUAAGUUCGUGUUACCUGGUCCUCGUCUAUUUUGCCCGAUGACGGGAUGUCGUCGGGCAAAAUGGAUAUCACCUGGCCCUCGACCCAGAUUUUUUCAUGAUGUCAUGCGGACCCUAGAGGUUAAUGAAUUUACAUAUUUAGAAUAAGUCACUGCGUGGUUAACUUUUUUUGAUCAUAUGUUUUUUCUGUUAUAAAUGUUAAGAUAUUUUUAGUUGUAUCAUUAAUGUAUAUGUUUGAAUAUGUGAAACAAAGAAGUUAGCUUUUCUUUUGAUUUUGGAAAUGAAUUUUGUUUUUUAUGCAUAUGUUAUUUGAAGAUAUCAAGUUCACUCAUUAUUUUAGUUGUGAAAAGUCAUAGAAGGCCAGUGUGUGAACAAUAUUUUCUGAAAGGAAGUAAAGCUAGAAUAAAAGUAUGUAUAAAUACAUUUAUUUGAUACAUUAGACUACAAAAAUAAAUUAAUUUAGAUGUCCAUAAAUUUUUUUGCUACAACAAGCCAGAUUAGUGUUAAGGUGUGGUUCAACUCCCCCUAGUCUUCAUCUAGGACCUGACUUGUGUCCGAGUGCCCAGCCAGACGUGGUAUUUCAACUGCGAAAAGCACCUCCUUAAUUAGACCACAUGUGCCUCUUGCUUGAUGAACACCAUGCAUAGUACUUAUCCCCUGUUUUUGCUGUAGUUUUGUGUUUCGUUGUGUAUAAUAUUUUGAGAAAAGAGGAAUGGAAACCAAUUUACUGACUUGAAAUUAAUGCAUUCUGAUGCACUGUCAUGUGUGUAGAUCCUCAGAUUCAAAUUAGCCAUUUCUUGUUUAUUUGUUUUUGGUAAUAAAAAAAUAAUUUUUUUGCUAAUUAAGGGGGCUGUCAUACUGAAUUUUCAUUAAUAUUUUCAAAUAUACCAGAAAUUUGAAAAAAAUCUCCUGUAAUCUAGUAGGCUUUGGCAAUCCCGUGAUGUAAUAUAUCUGCUAAAUAUGUAUAAAUAAAGGAGUUAUGAACCCCCCACCUCCAGGUCUGAUGUUUACAUUGUCGUGUCUGUGUAAAUAUACUCGACAAAUUUGUUUUUUUUUAUUUUUAAAGAUUUUGUUUGGUAUUCUCUGCUUCCUGAAUUCAAAGACAAGGCAGGUAGUCACCACUGCGCAUCUACUGCCCUCCUCGAUACCAUCUCAUAGAGAUACCCCUGAUGAGCCCGCAUCACACACUAAGAGGACUCUACUAAUAACAGAUGUUAUUCCUGUAACUAAUAAACAUAAUAUAAUGAGAAAUACUUAUCAAUCACAGCUACAGCUGUUGUUUAUUCGUAUGAAAUGCCUCACAAGUUCCUGUAAAUGCAGUGCAAAGCCUGUGAUGACACACGGUACUUCUACAAUCAUGUGCAGAUAUUGCCAUUAUUAACUUGCAAAAGGGGAGAACCAGGUACCAGCUACACUUCAGAAUACCAUGUGAAUGCCAUAGAAUACAUGAAGAUUGAUUCAGAGAUCAGAUUUCUUAAAAAAAAAAAAA